AUCUACCUAAGCGUUUUAAAUGGAAUACUGCCCUUCUCUGAUUAAGAAAGAUCUUACUUGUCAAGUAACAAGUGAUCAAGUAUUCAGUUUGUUUUAGAAUUUGAAACUAAAAGGACAUCAAGAAAGAUGAGUGAUAUUGCCAGAAGAAUUAUUAUGAGUAUAAUUAACUUCAGUAAGACUUGUUUUCACGCUUAUGCGAGCUUCUUUCGCUCAAACUUCAAAGAUGACGAGUCCAACGGCGAUAUAGAGUUUACUACAUUUGAGAACGAGCAUCAAGAACCCGAUAAUGAAAGCGAAGAAGACACAAACUCUUUCGAUAUUUGUGAGCUUACAGAGGAUGAAUCAAAUACGUCCUCAUCAAGUAUAGAGAUUAUAGAGGACCCGGGGGAAGAUGCAGAAACAACAGCCCAAAAAACUGGUUCGAGUGUAAAAACGGAAGCUGUUGAUGAGUUCAACAUGGAUACGUUCAUAAUGACUUUAUCAUCCAAACUCGAUCGUGAACAUUUAACAGCCGAUCAACUGAAAAAAAUCCGAAAGGACACUGUCAAAACAGUUGAAACGUUGCUUCAGAAAUACAAAGACGAAAACUCAUCCGAGAACUUUCCAAGGGCUUAGCCCUCUAAACAGUUUUUUUCUUUUGGAAAAAUUCAAAGAUUGUAUGAUUGUGAAAGGUACUAUUAAAUCGUGUCCAAGUGUAAAUGAUGAUUGGAUUUAGCAAAUAUUAAUAAUUUUUUUAAAAGAAUGUUAAGAAAAUUCGUAUAAUUCUUUAUUUAGAAUAAAAUUACUCAAGAAUCGAAUAAAAUUUAUUUUUCCAAAAAUACCAAUUUAUUUUAAUUUUUGAUUGGAAUAUUAUCCUCAUUUUCGUAAGUCAAAAUCUCAACAACUUUAUAUAUGAAUGACUGAAGUAAAAUAUGAGAGAUUA